GCUUAUCCUACGUACUCUGAACACUACUCUCGUUCAACAAUACUGAGUUUUCUUUCAACUUAAAGAUUACAAACUUUUAGUGAUCAGUGAAUAUGAACUCUUCGCCUAAGAUUUUAUUCCUGCCAUCGGUCUAACGUAAACACAAGCAAUGAAAACUGAUGAUAAUUUAAUGAAAACAGUUAACGACUUUAAAUAGACCCAAGAGGAAAAAACACACAAGAUGGCGAAUAGUACAACAAAAAAUUUGUUGGAUAUUUUUAACAUUUUUGCUUUAGGGAAUUCAACAGAUGGAAGGAUGAACAAGACUCAGUUACGGUCGGUGCUUAGAGAGAUGGAUAGUGAAGCUUUCGAGUCAUUAUUCGUGAAAAUGGUGAAUGAAUUGAACUUGACAUUCACUUGCGGGUAUUGUGAAGGUAGCUUUAGAGAUGUGGUUCAUGCGUAUAACAAAAUUCAUGGAUACGUCAGUUUGUUGGUGUGCACAAUCGGCGUGAUAGCCAACACGAUGAAUAUAGCUGUGUUAACCCGACGCGAUAUGGCCGCGGCACCAAUCAAUCGACUCCUCAAGUGGCUCGCCGUCGCCGACGUCUUUGUUAUGGUGGAAUAUGUCCCGUUUGCCAUUUAUAAAUAUUUGGUGCUUCCCGAGAAGCUGGACUUUCCGUACUCCUGGGCGAUGUACCUGCUGUUUCACAUGCACUUCGCACAAAUUCUUCACACCGCCUCCAUUUGCCUCACGCUAUCACUUGCUAUAUGGCGAUACAUUGCUAUCAAGUAUUCAGACCAAAGCCAUAUUCUGUGCACGGAACGCCGCUGUAGCAUUGCAAUCCUAGCAAGCUUCAUAUUACCUCCUAUAUUAUGUAUACCAACGUUUAUGGUAUUUGAUAUUCAUACCAAGAACUUGACUGAUCCAGGCGGCCCUAUAGCUUACCAUGUAGACGCUGAUCGCGAAGGAAUUCUAUACAAAGCGACUUUCUGGGUGCACGCUGUCCUCAUGAAACUCCUCCCAUGUUCUAUAUUAACGGUCAUUAGUAUUUGGUUGAUCAGAGCGUUGUACAAUGCGAAUCUACAUCAGAAGAAUUUGAGGAACUAUAGCGCUUGUCCAGCAGCCGAGAAGAUGGUGAAAAGACAGCACAAGGCUGACAAGCGAACCGACAGAACAACGAAAAUGUUAUUGGCUGUACUUCUUUUGUUUCUGGUAACAGAACUGCCUCAAGGUAUUCUGGGUCUGAUGAGCGGAUUACUCGGUUGGUGUUUCUUCAAGCGCUGCUACGAUUUGUUCGGAGAGUUAAUGGAUUUUCUUGCUUUGGUGAACGGGGCGAUCAAUUUCGUCCUGUACUGUACCAUGUCCCGACAGUUCAGGCAGACGUUUCGGCAAUUGCUAUUACAGCCACAUCUCGCCAGAUUCAUGCCGGAGAAACCUUCUCAAACUGAUUCUAUCAACCAGAAUACGUGCACGGAAAAGUUAAAAAGAUAGCUACAACCGAGCUCGGAUAAAAAUAAAAAUAUGGCAAAAACGUCCAUCCCCUGAAGAAAAAUAAAGGGCAAUGCUCCCGUCAUCUGUGAACAUUUUCUCUAAGGAUUCUUCCAACUAAUAUCCAUGCGUAAUAAAUUUAAUUUGAUGAUUCGUAAAGAAAUACGUCAAUACGGUUUCUCGAAAAGUUGUACUCUUUAUAGCAGUGAAGUGUUCCGAAAGUGGUACUUUUCCUUCUGCCCUCGGCAGGACCUAAUUUAAAAGUUUACUAG